GCUCGGCCAGCCCCGCGGGAGAUAUAGGGGCGCGGGGAGCAGGGAGGCGACGCAGAAGCCGUUCGGUCUGUGCUCUGCACUCCACGUUACAGACCGGGGAGGAUGAGGCCCGCUGUCCGCGCUCUGUUAACCUGCGCGGUUCUGGGGCUGUGUCUGGCGGACCCCGAGAAAACUGUGAGAUGGUGCACCAUUUCAACUCAUGAGGCCAAUAAGUGUGCCAGUUUUCGUGAAAAUAUGCUUCGUAUCUUUGAGAAUGGCCCUUUUGUCUCCUGUGUGAAGAAAACCUCACACAUGGAUUGCAUCAAGGCUAUUUCGAAUAACGAAGCAGAUGCUGUGACGUUGGAUGGAGGUUUGGUGUAUGAGGCAGGCCUGAAGCCCAACAACCUGAAGCCUGUAGUGGCAGAGUUCCAUGGGACAAAAGAUAACCCGCAGACUCACUAUUAUGCUGUGGCGGUGGCGAAGAAGGGCACUGACUUCAAGCUGAAUGAGCUCAAAGGCAAGAAGUCCUGCCACACAGGCCUCGGCAGGUCCGCUGGGUGGAACAUCCCCAUGGGAAGACUUUAUAAGGAAUUGCCUGAUCCACAGGAAUCCAUUCAGAGAGCUGCGGCCAGCUUCUUCUCUGCCAGCUGUGUCCCCUGUGCAGAUCAGUCAUCAUUUCCCAAACUGUGUCAACUGUGUGCGGGGAAAGGGACAGACAAGUGUGCCUGCUCCAACCAUGAACCAUACUUCGGCUACGCAGGGGCCUUUAAGUGUCUGGCAGAGGGCAGUGGGGACGUGGCCUUUGUCAAGCACUCAACAGUAUUCGACAACCUGCCUAACCCAGACGACAGGAAAGACUAUGAGCUGCUCUGCGGGGACAACACCCGGAAGUCUGUAGAUGAUUACCAUGAGUGCCACUUGGCAAAAGUCCCUUCCCAUGCAGUUGUGGCUCGAACUGUAGGCGGCAAGGAGGAUGUGAUCUGGGAACUUCUCAACCACGCCCAGGAACAUUUUGGCAAAGAUAAACCAGACAAUUUCCAGCUCUUCCAAUCCCCUCAUGGGAAGGACCUGCUGUUUAAGGACUCUGCUGAUGGGUUUUUAAAGAUUCCUUCUAAGAUGGAUUUCGAGCUGUACUUGGGAUAUGAAUAUGUCACUGCUCUUCAGAAUCUAAGAGAAAGUAAACCCCCAGACACCUCAACGGAUGAGUGCAAGGUGAAGUGGUGUGCAAUCGGUCACCAGGAGAGAACAAAGUGUGAUCGGUGGAGUGGGUUCAGUGACGGAGCAAUAGAGUGUGAGACGGCAGAGAACACUGAAGAAUGCAUCGCCAAGAUCAUGAAAGGAGAAGCUGAUGCCAUGAGCUUAGAUGGAGGCUACCUCUACAUAGCAGGCAAAUGUGGCCUGGUGCCUGUCCUGGCAGAGAACUAUGAAAGUGAGGGUACAGGUUGUACGAACACACCAGAAAAAGGGUAUCUUGCUGUGGCUGUGGUUAAAGCAUCAGAUGCUGAUCUCAACUGGAACAAUCUGAAAGGCAAGAAGUCCUGCCACACUGCAGUAGACAGAACUGCUGGCUGGAAUAUCCCCAUGGGUUUGCUCUACAGCAAGAUUAAUAACUGUAAAUUCGAUGAAUAUUUCAGCGCAGGCUGUGCACCUGGAUCUCAGCGAAAUUCCAGUCUCUGUGCUCUGUGCAUCGGCUCAGAGAAGGGUUCAGGAAAGGAGUGUGUUCCCAACAGCAAUGAAAGAUACUAUGGCUAUACCGGGGCUUUCAGGUGUCUGGUGGAGAAGGGAGAUGUGGCCUUUGUGAAGCACCAGACUGUCACACAGAACACUAAUGGAAAUAAUGAUGAAGCAUGGGCAAAAGAUCUGAAGAAGGGAGAUUUUGAACUACUAUGCAAGGAUGGCACCAGGAAAGCUGUGGAAGAGGCGGAGAGGUGCUACCUGGCCCGAGCCCCGAAUCAUGCUGUGGUCUCACGGAAAGAUAAGGCGACUUGUGUGGAGCAAAUAUUAAAGAAACAGCAGGAUGAUUUCGGAAAAGCUGUAACCGACUGCACAAGCAAUUUUUGUUUAUUCCAAUCAACUUCCAAGGACCUUCUGUUCAGGGAUGACACUAAAUGUUUGGCUUCAAUUGCGAAAAAAACAUAUGACUCCUACUUAGGGGAUGACUACGUCAGAGCUAUGACUAACCUGAGACAAUGCUCAACCUCAAAACUCCUGGAAGCAUGCACUUUCCACAAACCUUAAAAUCCAAGAGCGGAGCCAACACCUGAUGGAGAUGGGAGCUCAUGGGACCCAUAAGUUGCAUCUGGUUUUACUGGUCUGAGUGAUUUGGUUGCCCUCACAAUUUGGUGGUGGCGCCUCUGCAGGAUAAAAUAAAAAUAAACAUUAUUAUUGGUUUUAUCUUUUAAAAAAAACUUCACUUUCCCCCCCUUAAUGCUUGGUCUAUAACUAGCCUUUCCUUCAGAGCUCAAGAUUCAUUUGCUCUUUCCCGCAGCCACAGUUCCUGGGUACAGUCCAAGUAGGAAUUCUUUCUAAAAGGGGUCUGCAUGGUCAUUUUAAUAAAAUCAAGUAUAAAAGGC